AUGGUCCACUUCUUGCACCCGGGCCUGACACCCCGGAACCUCCUCCUACCCGACGCCCAGAAAGAUGCCCCAGGCUGCUGCGUGGUGCAGGAGGAGGCAUCACCCUAUACAUUGGCCAACAUCUGCAUGAAUGUCCUGAUUGCUAAUCUGGAAGAAUUGUGUUCUGAGAAACCUGAUGGAACACUGUGCUUUCCAGAGCAUUGGAGUUUCCCUCAGGAAAUAGCUGAUCGAUUCCUUGGGAUGAUGGUUUGUCAAGGCAAGCUGACUGAUAGAACAGCAAGUAUUUUCCAAGGCAACCAAAUGAACCUGAAGAUGGUAAAUAUCCAGAAAGCUAAAAUCUCUGCAGCUGCCUUCAUAAAAGCCUUCUGCCAUCAUAAGCUUGUUGAAGUAGAUGCCACUGCAGUGCACUCUGACCUUCCAAUCCCAGAUAUCUUAAGUGGACUCUGCAGCAAUAGCUGGAUCCAGCAAAAUCUCCGGUGUCUCCUAUUAGACUCGACAAGCAUUCCUCAAGAUUCAAAACGGCUGUCCUUUGGUCAGCUCACUGGACUUCGUAUUUUAAGUGUUUUCAACGUUUGCUUUCAUACUGAAGAUCUGGCUAAUGUUUCUCAGUUACCAAACCUGGAAAACUUGGACAUCUCCAAUACUCUGGUCACGAACAUCUCUGCACUCCUUAACUGUAAGGAUCGACUCAAGUUUCUCACAAUGCACUACCUGAAAUGCCUGACCAUGACCAAACCACAAAUUCUUGGAGUCAUCAGAGAACUUCAAUAUCUGCGUCACCUUGAUAUUUCCAAUCACAGGCAACUCAAAUCAGACUUAGCUUUUCAUUUGUUACAGCAGGAGGAUAUCCUGCCAAAUGUUGUGUCCCUGGAUAUUUCUGGCAGCAGUUUUAUCACUGAUGGAACUGUAGAGCGAUUUAUACAGCAGCGACCUGAAAUGCAAUUUGUUGGGCUCUUGGCUACAGAUGCUGGUUAUUCUGACUUCUUCACUACAAAGCAAGGCUUGAGGGUUGCUGGAGGAGCCAGUAUGGGUCAGAUUUCCGAAGCACUGAGCCGAUAUGGGAACAGGUCAUGUUUUAUGAAGGAAGCUCUUUAUAGGCUCUUUACAGAGACAUUUUCAAUGCAUGUACACAUGCCUGCUGUUUUAAAGCUUGUGGCUGUAGGAAUGAGGAAUCAUCCAAUGGAUUUACCAGUGCAAUUCACAGCUAGUGCUUGUGCCCUCAACUUAACACGCCAGGGUCUGGCCCAGGGAAUGCCUGUUCGCCUGUUGUCAGAGGUCACUUGUCUACUUUUCAAGGCUCUGAAAAAUUUCCCCCAUUACCAACAGUUACAGAAGAAUUGUCUUCUUUCCUUAACCAAUUCCAGGAUUCUUGUGGAUGUUCCAUUUGACAGGUUUGAUGCUGCCAAGUUUGUUAUGAAAUGGCUCUGUAGGCAUGAGAACCCCAAAAUGCAAACUAUGGCAGUGAGCAUCACCUCUAUUCUAGCACUGCAGCUAUCACCAGAGCAAAUUGCACAACUCCAAGAAGAGCUCUUCAUGGCAGUUAAGGAACUUAUAGCGAUAGUGAAACAAAAGACUACUGAAAAAUUAGAUAAUGUCACCCUCUUGUUUGCUUUGAAAGCACUUUGGAAUCUUACAGAUGAAUCUCCAGCUGCCUGCAAACAUUUUAUUGAAAACCAAGGAUUGGCAAUCUACGUUCAAGUUUUAGAGACUUUUUCAGAGUCUUCAGUACAAAGCAAAGUACUUGGUCUCUUGAACAACAUAGCUGAAGUCAGAGAGUUUUCUUCCAAGCUGGUGACUGAAGAUGUGAUGAAGCAUAUCAGCAGUUUACUUCAUAGCAAAGAAAUAGAAGUGAGCUAUUUUGCUGCAGGUAUCAUAGCCCACCUGACUUCUGACAAACAGCCCUGGCUCUUCCGCRACCUGCAGAGGAAUGCUCUUCUCCAGGAUUUGCAUGCAACCAUGAAGAAUUGGCCAAGUCCAAGUUGUAAGAUGUCAGCAUUGGUAACAUACAGAUCUUUCAAGUCAUUUUACUCACUCCUUGGCAACUUCUCUCAACCAGUGGUUCAGCUCUGGGGACUAUGGGCCAUGUGUCACGUCUGCAGUAAAAAUCCUAGCAAAUACUGCAAAAUGUUAGUUGAAGAAGGAGGAUUGCAGCUUUUGUAUGAUAUCCAGGAGCACAGUCAGGCAAAUCCUCAAGCACAGCAGAUGGCAACUUCCAUUCUAGAGGACUUCAGGAUGCAUUUCAUGAAUUUCAUGAGUCUCCCUCUGAGUUGAAGACCCUUCUUAAUCUGAGGGCUUCCAAGGUGCGCUCUGCUCCUCGAAACCAGGUCUUCCUUCCCUGUCAG